CAUGCCAAAUAUAUUAUGGAAAUAGUGCAAGUAGUAAAAGAGAGAAAAGGAAAAUCUGCUAUAUGGUGUAUGUGGGAUUUAGAAUUGGUGAUUAACCUAAUAACAGCUGAAAAUUGCCAACUGCUUUGAUUUCAUGGAAUAAAACUCCACUAUCUCCAUAUUAAAUGAUUUCAGAAUUGUUUUCUGAGCGCACUGAAUUGGGAGUAAGGGAAUCUAAGUUCUAGAUCUAGUUCUGCUAUUGAUUUACCUGUAUGCCUCAUUUUCCCUGUCUCUAAAAUGAAGUGGUUUUUGGAAAAGUUCUCUAAGUUCCUCCCAGUUUGGAUAUCUCAUCAUUUUGUGAUUCUACGUCCCACACCUAUCAAAAGCAUUUUGACUUUAUUUAAGUUGCUCAAGACAGCAUUUCAGUUAGAAUUCAUCCAGGAUCUUGUUUCCAUUGGGAACAGCAAGGCCUUGCUUCUCCAGGACUUGAUAUGUCUUCUGUUUACUGCUGAUGGUGAGCCAUGCCACCUAAAAGGCUCUCCUGGUAGCCUUAAAGAUUGAGAGGACAAGUGGACAGUGUUGAGAACUCUGUGGAAGAGGAGACCAGAGAGACGUUGAUCAUCAUGGCUCCUUGGGAUUUUCAAAGAGGAAUGACUAGAGCUGGGCCAUUCACUACAGCCAGGUCCAAAGUCAGGUCAGGAAUGUGGACAGUGCUGGUGACUACAGUUGCUUCCAAGAUCCGAUACUUGCAAGAAUAUCAUAACCGGGUUCUUCACAACAUUUAUCCUGUACCUUCAGGAACAGAUAUUGCAAACACCCUGAAAUACUUUUCUCAGACCUUAUUAAGCAUUUUGUCCCGCACAGGGAAGAAGGAAAACCAAGAUGCCUCCAAUUUGACAGUGCCCAUGACCAUGUGUCUUUUUCCUGUGCCAUUCCCACUCACCCCAUCUCUAAGACCGCAGGUCAGUUCCAUCAACCCUACUGUUACUCGCUCCCUCCUUUACAGCGUCCUGCGAGAUGCUCCCUCUGAACGCGGCCCGCAAAGUCGUGAUGCUCAGUUGUCAGACUACCCUUCUUUGGACUAUCAAGGCCUCUACGUGACUUUGGUGACUCUCCUGGAUCUAGUUCCUUUACUACAGCAUGGCCAACACGAUCUUGGACAGUCAAUAUUUUAUACAACUACAUGUUUGCUACCCUUUCUCAAUGAUGAUAUUCUGAGUACUUUGCCCUACACGAUGAUAUCAACAUUAGCUACCUUUCCUCCAUUUCUGCACAAGGAUAUUAUUGAAUAUCUUAGCACAUCUUUCCUACCAAUGGCUAUAUUGGGUUCCUCUAGGAGAGAAGGUGUCCCUGCCCAUGUUAAUCUCUCGGCAUCAUCCAUGCUAAUGAUUGCAAUGCAGUACACGUCCAAUCCAGUGUAUCAUUGUCAAUUAUUGGAAUGCCUCAUGAAAUAUAAACAAGAAGUCUGGAAAGAUCUUUUGUAUGUGAUAGCCUAUGGGCCCUCACAAGUGAAACCUCCAGCUGUGCAAAUGCUUUUCCACUACUGGCCCAAUUUAAAACCUCCUGGGGCAAUAAGCGAGUACAGGGGGUUGCAGUACACAGCUUGGAAUCCCAUCCACUGCCAGCACAUCGAAUGCCACAAUGCGAUUAACAAACCAGCUGUGAAGAUGUGCAUAGACCCUUCCCUGUCAGUAGCUUUGGGUGAUAAGCCGCCGCCACUGUACCUCUGUGAGGAAUGCAGCCAGAGGAUUGCAGGAGAUCACAGUGAAUGGUUGAUUGAUGUUCUUCUACCACAAGCUGAGAUAUCUGCUAUAUGUCAAAAGAAGAACUGCAGUUCCCAUGUUAGAAGAGCAGUUGUCACGUGCUUCUCAGCGGGGUGCUGUGGUCGUCACGGAAACAGGCCUGUCCGGUACUGCAAAAGAUGCCACUCAAACCAUCACAGUAAUGAAGUGGGGGCCGCCGCGGAGACCCACCUCUACCAGACGUCCCCCCCGCCCAUCAACACUCGGGAGUGUGGUGCGGAGGAGCUGGUCUGCGCUGUGGAGGCCGUGAUUAGCUUGUUGAAAGAAGCCGAGUUCCACGCGGAGCAGCGGGAAUACGAGCUGAAUCGCCGGAGGCAGCUGGGACUCUCCUCUUCCCACCAUUCCUUGGACAAUACUGACUUUGAUAACAAGGACGAUGAUAAACAUGACCAGCGACUGCUUAGUCAAUUUGGAAUAUGGUUCUUAGUGAGCCUCUGCACACCCAGUGAGAACACGCCCACGGAGAGCCUGGCCAGGCUGGUGGCCAUGGUGUUUCAAUGGUUUCACUCCACGGCAUAUAUGAUGGAUGAUGAAGUCGGGAGUUUGGUGGAAAAACUGAAGCCUCAGUUUGUCACCAAGUGGUUGAAGACAGUAUGUGAUGUCCGCUUUGAUGUCAUGGUCAUGUGCCUUCUUCCCAAACCCAUGGAGUUUGCCAGGGUUGGUGGGUACUGGGACAAGUCCUGCAGCACAGUGACUCAGUUGAAGGAAGGUCUGAACCGCAUCCUCUGCCUGAUCCCCUACAAUGUGGUCAGUCAGUCUGUAUGGGAGUGCAUCAUGCCGGAAUGGCUGGAAGCCAUCAGAACUGAGGUCCCAGACAACCAGUUGAAAGAAUUCAGGGAAGUAUUAAGCAAAAUGUUUGACAUUGAGCUCUGUCCUCUGCCUUUCUCCAUGGAAGAGAUGUUUGGUUUUAUUAGUUGUCGGUUUACAGGAUACCCCUCCUCUGUACAGGAACAAGCAUUACUAUGGCUUCAUGUAUUAUCAGAGUUAGACAUCAUGGUUCCACUUCAACUACUAAUAAGUAUGUUUUCUGAUGGAGUUAAUUCUGUCAAAGAACUGGCAAAUCAAAGAAAAUCAAGAGUCAGUGAACUGGCAGGGAACCUUGCAGCUCGAAGGGUGAGUGUUGCCUCUGAUCCUGGUCGACGAGUUCAGCACAAUAUGCUGAGUCCUUUCCACAGUCCUUUCCAGAGUCCAUUUCGGAGUCCCAUGCGUAGUCCAUUUCGUAGCCCUUUCAAGAAUUUUGGACACCAAGGAGGAAGGACUAUUGACUUUGAGUGUGAAGAUGAUGAAAUGAAUCUGAAUUGUUUCAUCCUCAUGUUUGAUCUUCUCCUAAAGCAGAUGGAGUUACAAGAUGAUGGGAUCACAAUGGGUUUAGAGCACAGCUUGUCGAAGGACAUUAUUUCCAUUAUAAACAAUGUCUUCCAAGCCCCCUGGGGAGGCUCCCACACCUGCCAGAAGGAUGAAAAAGCAAUUGAGUGUAACUUAUGUCAGUCUAGCAUUCUCUGCUAUCAGCUUGCUUGUGAACUCCUGGAGAGACUAGCUCCCAAAGAAGAAAGCCGGCUGGUGGAACCCACAGACAGCCUUGAGGAUAGCCUCCUUUCUUCCAGACCAGAGUUUAUUAUAGACCCUGAAGGUGAGGAGGAGGAGAAUCCAGCUGCCAAGCAUGAGGAGAACCCUGGCACUUGCACUGAGCCCACUGAACAUGCUGCAAUAAAGAAUGAUACUGAAAGAAAAUUUUGCUACCAACAGCUCCCAGUAACUUUGAGACUAAUAUAUACCAUUUUCCAGGAAAUGGCUAAGUUUGAAGAGCCAGACAUUCUUUUUAAUAUGCUCAAUUGCCUGAAGAUACUCUGUCUAAACGGAGAGUGUUUAUAUAUUGCCAGAAAAGAUCAUCCUCAAUUUUUAGCCUACAUUCAGGAUCAUAUGUUGAUUGCAAGCCUGUGGAGAGUCGUCAAGUCGGAGUUCUCCCAGCUGUCCUCAUUGGCAGUUCCUCUCCUUCUCCAUGCGCUGUCACUUCCUCAUGGUGCUGACAUCUUCUGGACAAUCAUAAAUGGCAAUUUCAACAGCAAAGAUUGGAAGAUGAGGUUUGAAGCAGUGGAAAAAGUGGCUGUAAUUUGUAGAUUUCUGGAUAUUCACUCAGUGACCAAAAACCACCUGCUGAAGUACUCACUGGCACAUGCCUUCUGCUGCUUCCUGACCGCCGUGGAGGAUGUCAAUCCAGCAGUAGCCACCAGAGCUGGCCUCUUGCUUGACACUAUAAAGAGGCCAGCAUUGCAGGGUCUGUGUCUUUGUCUUGACUUCCAGUUUGAUACCGUGGUUAAAGACCGACCCAUAAUAUUGAGCAAGCUUUUACUCUUGCAUUUUCUUAAGCAAGAUAUUCCUGCUUUGAGCUGGGAGUUCUUUGUCAAUAGAUUUGAGACACUUUCCUUGGAAGCUCAGCUACAUUUGGAUUGCAACAAAGAAUUCCCUUUUCCUACAACUAUCACUGCUGUAAGGACCAAUGUUGCUAAUCUCAGUGACGCCGCAUUGUGGAAGAUUAAGAGGGCUCGUUUCGCAAGGAACCGCCAGAAGAGCGUGCGGUCGCUGAGGGACAGCGUGAAAGGGCCCGUGGAAUCAAAGAGGGCGCUUUCCCUCCCUGAAACCCUGACCUCCAAAAUCCCUGUGAGGUUGACCAGGCAUGAGCAGUCUGCUCCAGCUCUCGGUGGAACCCCCGAACAGACACCAGGACAACAGUCUCCUGAGAAUGACAACACCAUCAAGGACCUGCUCCCAGAGGAUGCUGGGAUUGACCACCAGACCGUUCAUCAGUUGAUUACCGUGCUCAUGAAGUUCAUGGCCAAGGACGAGAGCAGCGCCGAGUCAGACAUCAGCAGUGCUAAGGCCUUCAACACGGUCAAGCGGCACUUGUACGUCUUACUUGGCUAUGACCAGCAGGAAGGUUGCUUCAUGAUUGCACCCCAAAAAAUGCGCCUGUCAACUUGCUUUAAUGCAUUCAUUGCAGGAAUUGCCCAAGUUAUGGACUAUAACAUUAACUUGGGAAAACACCUCCUUCCCUUGGUGGUUCAGGUGCUCAAAUACUGCUCUUGUCCUCAACUGCGGCAUUAUUUCCAACAGCCACCUCGUUGUUCCCUUUGGUCCCUAAAACCUCACAUUCGGCAGAUGUGGUUGAAGGCUUUGCUCGUGAUCCUUUACAAGUAUCCAUACCGAGACUGUGAGAUCAGCAAGGUCCUGCUGCAUCUGAUUCACAUAACAGUCAAUACCCUCAAUGCACAGUACCAUAGCUGCAAGCCCCAUGCCACGGCAGGACCUUUGUACAGUGACAACAGUAACAUAAGCAGAUACAGCGAGAAAGAAAAAGAAGAAGAUAGUGUUUUUGAUGAAUCUGAUAUUCAUGAUACACCUACUGGACCCUGCAAUAAAGAGUCUCAAACUUUUUUUGCAAGAUUGAAAAGGAUAGGCGGCAGCAAAAUGGUGAAAUAUCAGCCGGUUGAGAUGAAUGUUCAGAGAAGUGAAAUAGAACUGGCUGAAUAUAGAGAAACGAGUGCAUUGCAAGACAGCAUUCUACACUGUGUGAGAGAAGAAAGCAUUCAGAAAAAAAAGCUGCGCUCUUUAAAACAAAAAUCUCUUGAUAUAGGGAAUGCAGACUCCCUCUUGUUUACGUUAGAUGAGCACCGCAGGAAGUCCUGCAUAGACCGCUGUGACAUAGAUAAGCCUCCCGCCCACGCUGCUUGUAUCAUACAAAGGCAAAAUGACCACGGGCGUCCCAGGCAGAACUCCGCUACAAGGCCCGACAGUAACGAAAUCCCUGAGAACCCAGUGAUGGAAAGUUUUCCAGAAACUCGAAGGCCGGUAAUACCCGAAGUCAGGUUAAACUGCAUAGAGACGUUUGAGGUGAAAGUAGAUUCUCCAGUAAAACCUGAUCCCAAGGAGGAUCUAGACCUGAUCGAUUUGUCCUCAGAUUCCACAUCGGGGCCUGAAAAACACUCUAUCCUCUCAACGUCUGACAGCGAUUCUCUCGUGUUUGAGCCUCUCCCCCCUCUCAGAAUUGUCGAGAGCGAUGAAGAAGAGGAGAUGAUGAAUCAAGGAAAUGGAGGUGCCUCUGGCACCAAUGCUGUCUCCUCUCCCUCCCUCCCCAGCCACCCCCCUGCCUUCAGCCUAAGCACAGCUCCCCUCGUGCAAGUAAAUGUGGAGGAUUGUUCCAAAGAUUUCUCUUCUAAGGACUCAGGAAAUAAUCAGGCUGCUGGUAACCAGGACUCCUCCCUCAUCACUCUGCAUGACCUUGCAGACUUGGAAGAGUUAUCAAAGCCAGAGGAGCUGCCAGAGCUGUCUUGUGGCAGCCCACUAACACUUAAACAAAAACGAGACCUCCUUCAGAAGUCGUUUGCUCUCCCCGAGAUGUCCCUGGAUGAUAGCUCCGUCCUUAGCACCGAGGAAGGGAAGCCUGGUGGGCUGACUCCAAGUUCUGUGGCAAAAACUGUCCUCCUCAAAGUUCCUGAAGAUGCUGAGACUCAAACUGAAAGUGAAAAGCCCGAUACCAGUGCUGAAUCGGAUACAGAACAGAAUUCCGAAAGGAAGGUAGAAGAGGAUGGGGUGGAGGAAUCAGAAUUUAAGAUUCAGAUCGUUCCCAGGCAGAGGAAGCAGAGAAAGAUUGCUGUCAGUGCGAUCCAGAGAGAGUAUCUCGACAUUUCCUUCAACAUUCUAGACAAACUGGGAGAACAGAAAGAUCCAGAUACCUCUACCAAAGGACUUUCAACUUUAGAAAUGCCACGAGAAUCCUCAUCUGCCCCUACGUUAGAAGCCGGUGUGCCAGAAACAAGCAGCCAUUCCUCAAUAUCAACUCAGUAUAGGCAGAUGAAAAGGGGAUCACUGGGCACUCUGACAAUGAGCCAAUUAAUGAAGCGACAGCUGGAACAUCAGUCUAGCGCCCCCCAAAACGUCAGCAACUGGGACACUGAACAGAUACAGCCCGGGAAACGUCAAUGUAAUGUUCCAAUGUGCCUAAACCCUGACCUGGAGGGACAGCCAUUGAGAACAAGAGGUGCCACAAAAUCCAGCCUGCUGUCAGCACCCAGCAUAGUCAGCAUGUUUGUGCCCGCACCCGAAGAAUUCACUGACGAGCAGCCUACGGUGAUGACUGACAAAUGCCAUGACUGUGGGGCCAUUCUUGAAGAAUAUGAUGAAGAAACCCUUGGAUUGGCCAUCGUGGUUCUGUCAACAUUCAUUCACUUAAGUCCAGAUUUGGCAGCCCCGCUGCUGCUGGAUAUCAUGCAGUCUGUGGGAAGAUUGGCAUCCAGCACUACUUUUUCUAGUCAAGCGGAAAGCAUGAUGGUCCCUGGCAAUGCAGCGGGGGUGGCCAAGCAGUUCCUACGCUGUAUCUUCCAUCAGCUGGCUCCCAAUGGCAUUUUCCCGCAGCUGUUCCAGAGCACUAUCAAAGAUGGGACUUUUUUACGGACCCUAGCCACAUCUCUGAUGGAUUUCAAUGAGCUGAGCUCUAUUGCUGCACUCAGUCAGCUCUUGGAGGGUCUAAAUAACAAAAAGAAUUUACCAGCAGGGGGUGCUAUGAUACGCUGUUUGGAAAACAUUGCUCUCUUCAUGGAAGCUUUGCCCAUGGAUUCUCCUAGUAGCCUCUGGACUACAAUCAGCAACCAGUUUCAGACAUUUUUUGCCAAGCUGCCUUGUGUUUUACCUCUGAAGUGUUCUUUAGAUUCCAGUUUGAGAAUUAUGAUUUGCCUCUUGAAGAUACCCUCUACCAAUGCCACAAGGAGUUUGUUGGAACCAUUUUCAAAACUGAUCAGCUUUGUAAUUCAGAAUGCUGUCUUCACUCUGGCUUACCUGGUGGAACUGUGUGGUUUAUGUUACCGAGCUUUCACUAAGGAGCGGGAUAAAUUCUACUUGUCUCGUAGUGUUGUCCUAGAACUCCUGCAGGCCCUGAAGCUCAAGUCUCCUUUACCAGAUACAAACCUUCUUCUGCUUGUCCAGUUUAUUUGUGCAGAUGCUGGGACCAAACUAGCUGAGUCACCAAUCCUGAGCAAGCAGAUGAUCGCCUCUGUACCUGGGUGUGGGACCGCGGCGAUGGAAUGUGUGCGGCAGUACAUCAGCGAGGUGCUGGACUUCAUGGCAGACAUGCACACGCUAACCAGGCUCAAGAGCCACAUGAAGACGUGUUCCCAGCCGCUGCACGAAGAUACAUUUGGUGGACAUCUCAAAGUUGGGCUGGCUCAGAUUGCAGCCAUGGAAAUUUCACGGGGCAACCACAGAGAUAAUAAAGCUGUGAUUCGCUAUCUGCCUUGGCUCUAUCAUCCUCCUUCUGCAAUGCAACAAGGACCCAAAGAAUUCAUCGAGUGUGUCUCCCACAUCCGUCUGCUGUCUUGGCUGCUUCUGGGUUCACUCACUCACAAUGCAGUAUGUCCAAAUGCCUCCUCUCCCUGUCUGCCCAUUCCUCUGGAUGCAGGUUCCCAUAUUGCAGAUCAUCUUAUUGUUAUCCUGAUUGGAUUUCCAGAGCAAUCAAAGACCUCUGUGCUGCACAUGUGUUCCCUCUUCCAUGCAUUUAUCUUUGCUCAGCUCUGGACGGUGUACUGUGAACAAAGUGCAGUGGCUACCAAUGUCCAGAAUCAGAAUGAAUUCAGCUUCACAGCGAUAUUGACAGCACUAGAGUUUUGGAGUAGGGUGACGCCCAGCAUCCUUCAGCUAAUGGCCCAUAACAAAGUGAUGGUAGAAAUGGUGUGUCUCCAUGUGAUUAGUUUAAUGGAGGCAUUGCAAGAAUGCAAUUCAACAAUUUUUGUCAAGCUGAUCCCUAUGUGGUUGCCAAUGAUUCAGUCAAAUCUCAAGCACUUAUCCGCGGGCCUCCAGCUUCGCCUCCAGGCCAUCCAGAGCAACGUGAACCACCACAGCCUGCGGACGCUGCCCGGCUCCGGACAGAGCAGUGCCGGCCUGGCCGCCCUGCGCAAGUGGCUGCGGUGCACCCAGUUCAAGAUGGCCCAGGUGGAGAUCCAGUCCUCGGAAGCAGCCUCUCAAUUUUAUCCUCUAUGAGUGGACUCCUCGGCGUUCAGUGUCAACACUCUGGUUUAGCAAUAAUGGGUUUAAAAACAAAACAAUUUGAUCCAAGCAGGUUGGGGAACAUACUGGUACUGUACAUUCUCUUUAUAGUUUAGUAAAAGACGUGCAAAGGCCAGAGGAGGCCAGCAAUGAAGCUUUCUUGCUACACAUAUUUCUGAUGACUCCUUGGGCUAUCUGAUUAAGUGUUUCCUUACAUUAUUUUUUAAAAACCAAAUCAUUUUUCUUUAACUAACUUCUAUUUUUUUUAAGAAAAAAAAAAUAGACUGGUGGGUACUCCCAGAAAAGUUGUAUAAGUCCCCCUGUUGCUAUUUUUGAUGAUAGAGAAUAAAUAGGGUUUUUGAAACCUUUGUAGUGUUUUUUCUUAAAAAUCCACUCUUGGCAAUGCAAUAAAAAACCCGUCACCAUAAGCCAGUGACACUUGACUGGAGCUUUUUGUCAUUAUCCUGGGAAAAGUGGCAGCUUGCAAGGAACAUUACAAAGUGCACUUAGAAAUUAGGUGGUUAAACUGUGCCAAUUGUUUUCUUUGUUUUAUAAUAUCAUUUUCCAAAACUGUCCAGUGAGUUUUAUUAUUUUUAAAACUAGUUUUUCAACUCAUUCGUUCUAGGCUGUACUUUCUUGUAAGCUUUAUGAUAAUCACUUUAGUUUUGUGAAUAAUAAAUUUUACUCUUUUGUUAAUACUUGUAUACAAUUCGAUUUGAAACUGUAGAUUGCAUAUUGGACCAAACGAGUCCUCCACUGGCACAGAACCCUGCAUCUGGAGUUACGUUUCAUAUAACCGGAUUUUCAUAGUGGAAGAGCACUGAGGUUUAUCAGCAGCUAUACUUAGCAUUUGACUGUGCAUUCACAAAUGAUAGUUCUCUUUAUCCCUGUAAUGCACUGACUAAAACAAGAAUUAAUACACAUUUAAGCUGUAUA